AUGUGUGUUUAUUAUCAUUUAUUUAGUUACGGAGAUAAAGUGCUUGUGGGGUUCUGGUCAAGGCUAUUCGCGGUGGCCUGGAUUUUAGCUGGCCUGGUUGUGGCUUCUGUACUUACAGGAGCACUAGCUGCCUCGCUGACAUUCUACACGAUAGAGAAAGAUGUAAUGUUGUACGGCUCAAAGGUGACGGCUCUAACUGAUUCACCGGCCCAUAGACUUGGCGUCAGAAGAAAUGCUCUCAUCAGGCCACGAGGCACUCUACAGGAAGCAUAUAAAUCUCUUGGGCAGGGUGAAGUCAAUGGACUGUUGUUAGAUGCCUAUAUCGCCGGAAGUCACUCCAUCAAGGAUCUCUUUGACCAGCAACUACGGGUCAAGGAAGUUAUAAAGCUACCAAAAGGGUUUGGAGUUGUCUUAUCAGGAGAGGCCAUGAGGCUGCAAAAGAGAGUUCGUGACUACAUCAGAAAUAACGCUGGACUUAUCACCAAAAUGAUCGAGAACAGUACUACUCCAUUACAGCAACCAGAAAAAAGUGAGGCCGAGGAACGGACUACAAAGCUGUUUUCUGUUGAAUCCCUGUUAUUUCAUGAGGUACUUUUUGCGCUGUUGCAAGCACUUGGGGCUGCUGUCCUCUGUGGCCUCGUUUUGGAAGCCAUCCAUAAACUUCGCGCUCGAAGAAAAAAUGCACUUCCAGAAGGGCAUGGCCGUGCAAGACUGAUGGCACAAAGAAACGAGAUGCUGAAGACAGUGCAAAAUUUUCAUGAAAGUUUCCGACAACUUUACUUGGAUUUAACAUAUAAAAGUGUUCAGGAAUUUCGAAAUUUUGAAGAAGAACGAAACCGACGAAAACAGAGUCGGAAAAAUACUUGAACGUGAUGGAAAAUCGACUACAUUAAUACAGAACUCUUUCAUACUUUGGAUUAAAAUUCUAUACUUAAGAAUUUAUGUAUGUUGAGUCAUGACUAAUAAGAACUCGAGCUGAAUAUUGAAUGACAAGUUUAUAAUUCUCCCUGCUGAAUUAAAAUAUUUA